AGAUUAAAUCGCUAGUCGAGGAGUGAGAGAGGGCUAGGGUUCUUCAGGGGAACGAAGCGCUCGCACCGCUAGGUACGUGGAAUCCAGCUGCCAGCUCGACUAGAUCGAGCAAAAUCUCAGGCCAGAUUGGAGCGCCAGCAAGAAAUUUCUUCCAGAUCGAAGCGCUCGACGGCAAGACCGAAGAGCCAGCGGGAAAUUCCUGGAAUGGACUAGAAUCUAGCCGGGAUGGAGGUCCAGCGACGAGAGCGCGACAAACCGGCAGCGAUUGGAGCAAUGCAGGUGGAGCUGGAUGACAAGGAGGAUAGAUCUACCACAGCGAAGCCGGCGCCGAUGCACGUCCAGCGCCGCGAUCGCGACAAGAGCGAUGGAUUCGGGAAUGGGGUAGCGUACAAGGUCGUGGAGACGAGAUCCGACGACGAUAUCAGCGGGAUGAAUCCAGAGGCGCCUGAUACCCAGGCUUCUUCUGUGGGGAGAUCUUGGCCGGAGUUCGUGAGCUCUCCAGGGGAUUUCUUCGCCAACAAUCCCACCAAAGCCUUCCUCGUCGCGGCAUUCUUUCUCAGUGUGUUGCUCCUGGUGCUACUCAGUCGACAAGGAGGUGGUUCUACGCUGUGUGACGAGGCCAAGCCGGAGGUUCUCACGUAUCCCAGCGUCAACUUUGGGAGAGUCCAUCACCUCAAGGACAAGGCUCGCUUUGCUGCCGUGAAAGCGGAGAAUUGGAUCGUCCUGUGUGUGACCGGGGCUCCCACGGACGAGGUGAGAGGGAUGGUGAAGCUCCAGGGGUGGCAAGUCUUGGCUAUAGGCGACACUGAUACUCCAGCGGACUGGCUGGUUCCAGGGGCGAUCUUUCUCUCCACCGAUUUGCAGACCACCUUCCGGUAUAGGAUCACUUCGCUGCUGCCUUACAACUCCUACGUCCGGAAGAGCAUCGGCUACCUCUUCGCCAUCCAGCAUGGAGCUGUGAGGAUCUACGACGCUGAUACGCACUCAACGUUUCUAGCUGGUGGCCAUCUUGGGAAGUCGUUUGAUAUCGAGCUGAGCCCGAGGAAGACGCUGUUGCAGUACAAGGCGAAGAACAGGACGCUGGUGAAUCCUUUCAUCCACUUUGGACAGCGUUCCGUGUGGCCUCGCGGGCUCUCGCUCACGUCGGUUCCAGACAUCGCUCCGGAGUUUUACUACGAUGAAGUUUCUGGAGGAAACCAGUUCAUCCAGCAAGGAACAGGCAAUGGACUUCCCGACGUUGAUUCUAUCUUCUACCACACCCGGAGGCUUGCAGGGGAGCCGAUCAACAUUGAGUUCGAUCAUCUGGCUCCGGAGGUGGCUCUCCCGCGUGGAACUAUGGCUCCUGUGAACUCGCUCAACACUUUGUUUCAUGAGCAAGCGUUCUGGGCGAUGAUGCUUCCAGUUACCGUGCACACUGCCGUUUCGGACGUCAUCAGGGGAUACUGGGCACAGAGGCUCCUUUGGGACGUUGGUGGUAUCGUCGCUUUCUAUCCUCCUUCAGUGCAUCGGCUCGACACGCUUGAAGGCUCGACGUUUGGGGACGAGGAAGAUUUACUACAUGACUGGGGGCAGCUUAUUGAUUUUCUCAAGUCGUGGCACUCGAGCAAGAGUACGUUCUUCGAAAGAGUUCUCGACUUGAGCUACGAGAUGGCGAAGAACGGUUUCUGGUCUGGACAGGACUUGGCUCUCACCGUUGCUUGGCUUCAGGACCUUGUGUCAGUUGGCUACAAACCGCCAAAGCUGCAACCUGUGGAGAACACGAUCAAGGGAUCAAGGCAGUUUCUACCUCAGAUCCUCAAGCCUGUUUAUUCUGGCGUUACUGAUGCGGUCAGUGUCGAGAAAGAGAUGGGCCAUCUCCUCAAGUGGCGAAGCUCUUCCGCCAAUAUGGUUUUGAUACUGGAGUGCGACUGGCCUCGCAGGUCCAACAUACCGGUUUGGCGAAUGCUGUAUGGACGCCUGUUCAAGCACGUCGUGGUGAUAUCAACGGAGGCUGAUUCCACGCUGGGAAUAGACGUUGGAGGCGGAUGGCAGGCAUACUCAUCGUUCCCUGGUAUAUUUGAUAAGUACCCCGAAGCAGCCGGUUUUUUAUACCUGAAAGAUCACGUUGUUUUCAAUUACUGGAACAUGCAAGGAAACAACAAAAAGUUGUGGACAAUGCAUGAGGUAAAGUCGUCCUGGACAGUCCACAGUUUCAACGAGACGGGCACCAUCUGGUUUCUCAAGAGCAGCAUCAAGAGAACAGUGACGAAGACGAUAUACAACCUGCCCGACAAGCUCAAAGCGACCUACCGGGAGACAAUGGACGACACUAAAUUCAUCCACAGCUCCUCCGACUUUUUCUACAUUCCCAAGCGACUGGUGGACGAUUUCAAGGACCUGGCAUCCGUGGGCGUGCAGAACAAGCUCGCGCACGAGCUCGCAAUGCCGCUCUUCUUCCUGGCCAUGGACCGGCCCUCCCAGUUCGACAGCCGCGCCUUCGCUAAAGUUGCCUACGUUCCAGGCGGUGAAGACCCGACGUCCCACUACUCCAUCGACUUGAACGUCCUGUAUCCGUGGACGGCCGCGACGGAAGAAGAUUUGUUUCACAUCAUCAAGGCGCUGUCGGUGGGAGAUCACCUUCUACUGGCAGUUUUGUAGUAGCAGCGCGUGCAACAGGGUAUUGUAUAUCACGAACUACGAGUGCUUCCUCAAAGGUACCUACAUAUAUUUUUUUCACAAGACGGUCUAGACUUUCGUUGGAUCGAGCAGCAGUAGCACCCGAGUAGUGACAGGGAUUUCGCGGAUCAUGAGAUCGUAGACUCAUCAUCUCUAACGUUUUCACUUGUAACAACACCGCUGGCUCCGGCAUCCUCCUCGCGUUCUUCCUGGAGCCGCUUCGUCGGAGAAGAGGUAGCCGAGCCCCUCGACAAGCAGCGCCGGGCCCCCGGACAUCCGCCGGACGCUCAGCUGCGUCUCCUGGACCCAGCAGCGCGGCCACACGUCCCAGUCGAGCCGCGCCUUCUCCGCCUCGAGGAAGUCGUGCGCCCGGCGCCACGACUCCCUGAAAGGCAUGGACAGCGCGGCCAUGUCCCUGGCGAUCCUCGACAGCCGCUCCACGCCAUCGUCGUCCAGGCAGGCGGAGCCGUCCUCUAGAGCUCGCGCCAGGGCGUGCGAGUAGGCCAUCUCCUGGUUCGUGUAGACGCACUCGGCCUGGGGGGGAGAAUGCUGGUUGCGCGUGGCUCUUGGGCGGUGCUCGAGCGUGGAGAGGACAACGUAGACGGCGGUGGUGGUGGAAUUGGAGCUGCCGGGGAUCGCUGGUGCUUGCUCUUGCCUGCUGUUCGAUGAUGAUCCAAGCCCAUAUCCAUACGAAAGCAUUGCAAUCGUGCUGCCAAGA